UUCUCUCCCCCUUUCCUAGGUUUCUUCCGCUCCUUUGUUCAUUUUUCUAGCGUAAGAAGCUGCUGAGCCACAAUCAAUCAUUCACUUUCUUCAUUUUCCCCUAAAAACUUCCAAACAUUAAAACGAUAAGCACAGAGGUUUUAAGCAAUCAGGGAAAAACAAGAUAUUCGACCCAGAGAUUGGGUUGAACGAUGGAAGCAAUUAAAGCGAUUCAAUGGUUGAAGGGUUGAAGCAAUUAAAUGGAUUCAAUGGGUUUGAUCGAAAAUCGCGGUUCAAUGUUCAAGUGGAGUUAUUAUUGCAUGGUUUCUUCUAAUUUUAUUCAUCAAAUCGAAGGCCCAGACCUUGCUUAUGGAUUUCAGCCGUCUCUGUCUCUCCAGUCUCCACUCAGCUCCACCGGCGGCCGGCCUUAAAUUAGUCUUCUCCGUCUGGCGUCUGCUACUUGCUCCAUUUCCCUUUGGAUUUCCUAAUCCGCAACCCUAACCAAACCAAACAUCAGAGGUGAAGAAUAGAACCAUUUUAGGGUUUGAUUUCGAGUGGCGCCUCACUGUUCUUUCAAUUUAAUGGCUCGGAAACUCAAAACCGUAGCGGAUGCAAGUAGGGAUUUAAUAAGUGAGCUGCCGGUAGAGGUAAAGGACAGAAUUUUGGAGUGUUUGCCCACCCGAGACGCCGCCAGAACUGCUCUGCUCUCAAGCCACUGGAAUCAUGUUUGGUUGCAACAUCAGCGGCUUGCAUUCGAUGAGGAAUUCGUGCAAAGUUUCCAACAGUCCAAAGAUGAUGAAGGUAGAACCCUGGUCAACAUAAUCAAUAAUAUCCUCUUUUCCCGUGCUGGGCCUGUUAGGAGAUUUACUCUAGAGAUAAACGCUGAAUGUGAUCCUUCUCCGUUGCCGCAGCAAUCUGAUAUUGAUAGGUGGUGUCUUUUUCUGUCAAGAAAUGGUGUGGAGGAACUUAACUUAUAUUUAUUAUGUGAUGUAGAGCCAGAUUAUCAGCUGCCAUUUUGUUUACUCUCUUGCAGGACAAUUAAGAAACUGAUAGUCCAAGGUCCCUUUAUUAAUUUGCCUGUAAAUGAUUGUGGUAUAUUUUCCAAUGUCGCUUCAUUAGCUUUCUUCAAUGUUGUAUUUAACUGCAGUGUUAAUGGAAUUGCCUCUAGUAUUAGUAUUCCUAAGCUUGAAAAGCUGGCUCUCCAUUAUUGUGGAGGGAUCAAUAAAUUUGAGAUCUGCCCUCCACAGCUUGAAAUCUUGUCUGUUAUUGAUCCUAUUGAUGAUUACUUUGAUUCGAGAUGGUUGGCACCGCAUUUGAAAGCUAUUAAGACUCUUUGGUUGUGUGGCUCUUCUUUGUCGUGUAUGCGUGUAUCUAUGUUUCCAACUGCAAUAAAUCUGCAAGUGCUGAAGCUAUAUGAAUUAGAUUUUCGGUGUCGGAAGCAGCUCAUCAUUUCUAUGCAAUUGCUUCAAAAAUGCCCCAACCUAUGUGAACUAUGGAUUAUGGCUUAUGAGUUCUGUCGGAAGGAUGACCAAGAAGCUGCUUCAAGGCUUUUGGAGGAUCAAAACGGUUGCUCAUUUAUUCAAGAGCUGCAUAUGCUUAACACAAUUAAGAUUGAAGCAUUCAGUGAUCAAUCCGCAGUCGAAAUGCUUUUUGUGAAAAUGCUGCUCUCAAAAUCUCCUGCGCUAGAGAGAGUUGUUAUUGUGGAGUCUUUGCGUAAGAAUGCCUCCGAGGUGGUGAGAAAAAUCCAAGGGAAGUUGGAAUGCUUCCCUUGUGCAUCUCCAAACGCACAAAUUGUCUGCACUAGCAAUGACUAUGCGCGUGUGAGUGAGGACUGGAUGGAUACCCAUGGUGUUAGGCUUUAUUAAUGAUGUAACCAUCCAGAUCCUCCAAAAGUCUUGAAGCAGCUUCUAUGUAUUUGAAAAUAAAGUGAAAUAUAUGACAUAGAGGAAUAAUGAGAAACUGUAGGCUUCUUCUUUGCUUUCUGGGAAAUGAGAGAUUUUCCAAGAAAAACACAAAAUCUUGAAAUAGACUUCCUGGUUUUAGAACAGGUUGCCCAAUUGGAGUCAGCAAAGGCUUGCAAAUGGAGUUCUGAAUUUGAGGGAUAAAAGAUGCCUUUCAAUUCCUUGGUGCACCUUUCAAAUACCUCAACACUCUCCACACCAACUGUUGAGUGUAUCCUUUAGCCACUAACCUGCCCUUUAUACCUUUCUAUUGAGCCAUCUGAUUUAUGUUUGAUCUUAUAUACCCAUUUUGCAGCCUAUUGGAGUUUUCCCAUUCUGGGAGGUAAAUCAUCACCGAGUGUCCUUGUGUGCUUGUCUUGAAGGGCUUGAAUUUCAGCCUACAUUGCAUAUAUGUUUCCAACACUAAAAUUUGACUGCUUCAUUAUAAUCA